CCAUCGCCUCCCGAACCCACCUGCCCUCUUCAAACCCACCUGCCCAACGCUCGCCUCCGCCAUGAGCUGCCCGAAUCCCCAAGAGUUCUGGAUGCCCCUCGAUCCUUCGCCCGAGACCAGUGUCAACUGGCGAUACAAGGAACUCGACCCCAUCACGGCCAUCGAGCGCCAGUACCUCGGAGUGAUGAAUGCCAUCCUCGACAAGCCGCAGUGGUGGGCAAAGCUCAAAGAUCCAGAGAUCCAGCAAAAGUGGCGGCAAGAGUCCGGCCUCGGCGAGGCGGCCUUCGCGUUGCUCCUCCAGGAGCUUGCCUGCUAUGCGCGAGACUUUAUCCAAUCCAAGGAGUGGCCCAACGUCUCGCCCAUCCCUGCCCACGGCGUCUACAUUUCGGAUCUCUCGAUCAGUCCAGAGCUGCGCCAGCGGCUCCUCGAGCAUGCCGCACCUCUGGAGCAGGAAGCCCUGGUCGAGGGCCGCUGGCAUCCCGGCUCCAAGGGCAUUGUGCUGGAUCUGGUCCAUCCGUCGCCCCACUGCCUUACCUUUGGCAAGUCCCGCUUCUCCAGAAACCCGCAGGCCCUGACCGGCACCGAGACCAUUCACUGGCAAGGCACACCCGACACUCGCCGAGACAUCUCGGCCAAGUAUCAGUGGCUGCCCGCCGAGUUUGAGAUCGAUGCCGACGGCCACGUCUCCAUCGCGUCCUACAUCAACAACCUCCAUCCCGAGCUCCACAAGGCUCUCUAUGGCGAUAUCGAGCGCAUCUUUGAGGCCAUGCUGCCCAUGUUCGAGCUCACGGUUGACUCUCUCAACUCGUCGCCUCGCAACCGCAUCGACGUCGACUAUGGUAAGCUGUUUGACCACGACCUCUACGACUGGCAGUCCCUUAUGUGGAAGGAGCAUCGCCAGCAGCUCCGCAAAGCGCAAGCCGUUGAGGCCGCUCGUGUCGGCGACGACGGCCAGCCCACCACCGGCGAUCGUCAUCACGACGACGAUGAAGAUAGCGAUGACGAUGACGAUGAUGACGAUGAGAAGUGGAACUGGAUGGAUGCCCUCGAAGACACUCGCGAGCUCCACGUUCCCCAGCUGCCCGAGAAGUUUGAGCCCGACGUUCCCAGUCCCGCCAGAUUCCGCGCCCGAUCCGUGCAGGCCAUCGUCAAGUUGGCCACGAUCCACCUCACGCCCGAGAAUCCGCGCUAUGACGGCGGCAGCUGGCACAUGGAGGGAAUGGAGAACGAGGCCAUCGCCGCCACAGGCAUCUACUACUACGACAUGGAGAACAUCACCGACUCUGUCCUGCGCUUCCGCCACGCGUUCGAUUCCAUGGCCUUUGAGUACAGCCAGAACGACCACCGCGGCAUUCUCGAGGUCUUUGACGUCGAAAACGACACCGAGGCCUUGAUGGAGCAGGGCCAGCUCACGGCUUUGCCUGGUCGAUGCGCCACGUUCCCAAACUUCCUGCACCACCAGGUGCAGCCAUUUGAGCUUGCCGACAAGACUAAGCCAGGCUUCCGCAAGGUCCUGUGCUUCUUCCUCAUCCACCCCCGGAACCACAUCAUCUCCACCCGGCAGGUUCCUCCCCAGCAGCGAUCGUGGCUCCGCCAUGCGCUCUACAGACUACUCCGCCCAAGACUGCCCGAGCUGUGUAUCGAUCGCAUCCAGUACUACCUCGACUGCGAUAUGUCGAUGCAGGAUGCCUAUGCCCACAGCGAGAAGGUCAUGGACGAGCGCAAGGCAGCCAACAGGGACCGCGACUAUGAAUACGUUUCACUUUGCGAGCACUAGACCGACAGCGCGGUCGUGAGUGAACUGCAGUGAUAAUACAGCAUUUAGAAUCCGAUAGGACACUGCUUGCACCAUCGCUGCAUCGCUGCACUCCGUUGUACUGCAACCGUGAGCCACGAUCGCCUCCCCGAGAUGGCCCUAGCGGAGCAUAUCGCCUCAGGUGUUGCGCCGUGCAAGUGUUGCGUCAUGCCAGCAUCGCUCGAGCAGAAGUUAGAGGCAAUCCAAUAAAAAACGGGACACCCGGGUUUUUGACCAUUCA